AUGCUGCAAUUUCCUUGCACUCCUUCUGAAAUUGUAAUAUUUGUUGCAGAGAAAUUGGCAUUUUCAGGUUUUGAAGGAUUAUUACUUUCUGAAUUAUGGGAAUUUAUUAAAAUUAAAUUUAAUCAAGAAACAGAAUUAGAUUCAUUUCAGAAACUUACUAUUUGGAGAUGGUUGUUCUUUAGUAAAAGAAAAGGUAAAGAAGAUGAAGAUGUUAAAUUUUAUGUAACUUAUGAUAAAUCACCUAUAACGAUAGAAUCAAAUUAUGAAAAUUUUAUUAAUAAACAACAACAACCUCAAAAAUUAAGAGUUUUACCAACUGAUGAUACACAAGUGGCAUAUUUAACAGGAGUAUCAAAUAAUAAAAAAUUUAUACAAACUUUGGGUGCUUUUCCGUAUCAAUUAUUACAAGAAAUCGCAAGACAUGGAUCAAAGGGAACUUGGGCAGCUGAUUUACCAGCAGCUACUGGACAAGAUAAAAGAUCAAUGACUGGUAGAUUAGCCAAAUUAGAAGAAUUAGGUCUAAUUAAUAAAGUUUCCAAAUUUUAUGAAGAAAAAAGAUUACAUAGUACUUGGUGUGUACAUUAUAAGUUUUCAGGCUCAACAAAUACAAAUCAUGAAGAAGAAGAUAAUUCAAUCAAAACUCCAAGUAAAUUGAAAGAAUAUAUUGUAAAAGAUUUAAAAUCAGCAACAAAUAAUAUUAGAAUUUUUAGAGAUUUGAAAGUUGAAUUAAAUAUGCAUAACAAUAAACAAACAAAUCGAUUAUUCGGAGCUGUUAUUGACACUUUGGCUGAAAAUGGGUUCGUUGAAAAAAUUACUGUGCCAGAUAAAGAUCAUCCAGAAAGAAAUUUAUAUGCAAUUAAAUUGUUAAAAGAUUUACCAAAUCAAAAACAAAAUGAUAUUUUAGAAAAUUUAGAUUUAAUGAGAAAAACUGAAGCAAGAAAUCAAUCUUUAGAUGAUGAUGAUGAUGAUGACAAUAAUAAUCAAGAAGAAGAUGAAGAGGAAGACAAAAAUUUGACUAUUGCAAAAUUUACUGACUUAUUCCCAUUACCAACUCAAAUAUAUUAUGCUAUUAAAGCUUCAGGUAAAAAUGGUUUAACUGCUAAACAAAUUGUAUCACAAAUUACUGGUGAUUAUAGACAUAAAUCUAUUUUGAGAAUUCUUGAGAAUGAUACCGCUUAUAUUUUAAAAGAUGAUAAAUUAGAACCAAUCUCAGAUUAUCCUGAGGAACAUUCAAAAACUGCAAUUGUUAAACAAAGUGAAACUGAAGGAAGACUCAAAUAUUACAGAUACUAUACAAGAGAUAAUCAAAAUUAUACAUUAAAAAAAGCUCAUAAGAAGAUCAGACCAGAAUAUAAACCAUUAACUGGUAGUCUAGCACAACUUGAAAAAAAAUUUCGUCAACCACUUGAAGCUACACCAAAAGGUCCUUUACUUCAACUACCUGAAGCUGUAUUAAGACAAAUGGGAGUUCUUGACACAUCAAAUAAUAAUGGUGACUCAAAGACCAAAAAAGUUUCCAGAACAUCAUCUGAGAGAUCAGUAACUGAUGAGAUCAUUGAUGAAGAUAGCGAUGUUGAAGCUUCCGCUACAAAAACUAAGCAAAAGAGAAAAAGCAAAAAAGUCAAUGAAAGUAAAGGAGAAGAUCAUGAACAACCACAAACAAAUAAAAAGAAAAGAACUAAAAAAGUAAUCGAAACUGAAGAAGAUGGUCAGGAACAACAACAAACAAAUAAAAAACAAAAAACUCAAUCAUUAGCCAGAUCAUCGAGAUCUGCAAGAAGACCACCAAUAAGUUUAGAGGUGGAAGAUCAGCAAGAUAAUAGCGAUAUGGAUGCAGAUUUUGAAGCUGCUAAAGAAUCCACAUCAAAAUUGGAUGAAGAGGUUGAUGGAAUGGAAGUAGAAGAAGAAGAGGAGGACAAAGAUAAUGAGUCAGCUCCAACUCCAAUAGCUGUAAAAUCAGAAACUCCAAUACCGUUAGCACCUACAACCAUUGAAUCAAAUAACGAUUCUCAAGCUAGUGAUGUCCAAAUUGUUAAAAGUGAAAGUGAAAUAAUUGACAACUCAAAUGAUUCAUUUACUCCAAUACUUAAACCACCAACUAGAACUGUCCCAAAAACCAAAAAACAUUUUAGAUCAAGAUUUACUGAUGCUGAUGUCACAGGGAAUACAAGAAGACAAAAACUUAUUGAAAUAGUCAAAGAAAUGGGUGGAGCAACUUUUACAAGUGCUAAAUUGGGUAGAAAUCUUGCUUUAAAAUUAAAUACUUCAACUGAACCAGAUGCUAAAACUAUUAUUAGAGAUAUUUUGAAACUUCAAAAUGAUGGUAUAUUAGAUGUACAAUCCAUAGAUUUAAUAAGAGGUGGUGUCCCAAUUACAAGAAAGUUAUUAAUUUUAAAUGAUCCAAGACCUUCAGAUAAAUAUAUUGAAGAAGUUAAAGUCAAAGUUGCGAAUAGUGUUGGUUUUGUGUUAGGAAAAGUGCCUAGUCUUCGUCGUGUAGAAGAUACGUAUACUGUACGUAAUUCAAGAGAAGCACUUAAAAGAAAUCGCCCAGGAGAAGAACCUAUAAGAGGUAAGUCAAGAUUAGGAACAUUGAAUAGUAUUGAAAAAUUACCUAAAAAUGAUAUUCACUCAGUCAAUGAAGUUGAUGAAUCUAAUGAUAAUAUUGAAAGAACUAAUGAAAUUAAUGAAACAAAUAAACUGAAUGAACCUGAUCAAAAUGAUGAAUUUAAUGCUUUCAUAACCGGUGGAUUAUACAAAGAUAUAGAAGAUUUUAAGAAGGGUGUAACUUCAACAACCACAUCCAAAAACAAAAAUACACAACUGCAAAUGCAAUUCAAUUAUCCAACUAUUUUUGAAAAAGAUGAUACUACUUCAUUGUUUAGAUGUAUUUGUAUCUAUAAAGCAUUUGAUAAAACUUCAAUUAAUUACGAUGAAAUUGCAAAAAUAUUUAAAGAUUCAACUGGUGUUUUAAUUAAAAAAUUAUGGCAGUCAAUAAGAAGACAAGUAGGUGGUAUUGCAACUGUAAAUAAAGGUAUUGAAGAUUUUGAAAAAAUUGUUAAUAAAGGAAUUGAUGAAAAAGUUGUUAGAAUUAGACACUUAAAAAAAAUUGAAUUACCAUUUUUUUUAUAUCUAUGGGAUAAUUCAGAUGCUUCAAGAAUUGAAAUAAAAAAUCAUAAACCACUUUAUUCAACUAUUGCAGAAAAUUUAAAAUAUUAUACAAGAAAAGUUCAUCAUGAAUUUAUACAACCAAUUUCUGAACAAAUUGAAUCAGAAUCAAUGACUCAAAAAGAAGAAAUUUUAGUAAGUACUCCAUUUUAUUUAAACCCCCCUACAAAAUUUGAUAUAAAACCAAAACCAUUCGAAGAAAUUAGAACUGUCAUAAAAACAGCUAUUAAAAGUUCACAACAACAAAAUUCAAAACAAUAUAAACAAUUAUUUGAAUCAUUUAAUCCCAUCAAUGUAUCAGAAGCUUAUAAAUCAUUAAUUGAUGAUGGUGUAAUAAUGAAUAUAAGUGAAGAUAAUGAACCUGAAAAAUUAAAACUAACUGAAAAAGUAUUUAAUGGAUUAAUCAAUUCUCAUCAAAUUAAUUUUUUUAAACAGGCUAAUUUAUUCAAAGAUACAAUUGAUGAUAUAACUUCACAAAUGAAAGGUUUAAUAUUAUCACAAGCAAUGAAAGAAGGUAAUGUUGCAGAAUUAAUAUCAUUAUUAUCAUUAAAUGAAAUUUCAUUAAUUCAUAUUGAUAAAAAAAUUACAUUUACUGGUUAUGAAUCAAGAUCAAUGAAUAAAGAUGAAUUAGAUUGUGAUUUAAUAGCUUAUAAAAAUAAUAACAAGAAUCAAGAAGAAAUUCAUGAAAUCGAAGUUAUAAAUAAUAUACCAGUUCCAUUAAAUAAACCAUGUUUUUAUAUAUGGAUAAAUAUAGAUGGAACAAUAGAUGCUGAAUUAUGGAAGUCAUUAAUUGCUGCAAUUUUAUAUAAUAUAAAUUUUCAUCCUGGUUUAACCAAAAAUUUAAUCUACAAGAAAUUAAAAAAUUUAAUAAGCACCAGAGAAUUUGAUAUAAUUUUACAUUGGUUAGUUGAAUCAAAUGUUAUUUAUAUUGAAAGCGAUGGUGUUUUUGUUAAAUCUAAUUUCUUAAAUAUUUUAGGUAGUUCUAUAUAG